CUGAACUUCAAAUAAUUAUUCGGGUUACGGAGAGAUUUGAUUGAAAACAUAUACUUUUAAUCUGUCGAAACAUGUCAGCUUUAAUAUCCGUCGUAUUGCAGCCGUUAAAGCGUUUAGGGCAAAGUUUGCCUACUGUUGCAUCAACGGUAUCAAUGAAUAAUUUAGUAAAACCAGAAAGCUUUUUGAUGUCAGCUAUUAGAACGAAAGUACGUUGUUAUUUCCCGCGACCAAGUGAAGUAAAGAGAGUGCGCCGCCAUGGCUGGGAGUACAGAAUGUCGACACCCAACGGUCGGAAGAUCAUAAUGCGUAGAAUCCUCAAAGGAAGACACGUGCUGUCACACUAGAACAUGGUUAAAUAAUCAAUUUUAUUGAUAAAUGGAAAUAGUAGUUUUCUUCAAAUAAAAAUAUUUUUUUAUAUACUGAAUAACUUUAUUUACUGGAUUUAUUUGAGUUUCC